UUGAAGAAUGGAACCUUGUUUUUGCCUUUAGUCUUCAGACACCUCCUGAGAUCCAUCGUCGGAGUUUGUGGUGGAAGAGGAUUUCCGGCAGAAUGAGCGACGGAGAUGACGCCGCGAGACGCCGUACUGCGGCUGUUGCCGACUACAGGAAGAAGCUUCUCCAGCACAAGGAGCUCGAGUCCCGUGUCCGAACAGCUAGGGAGAGUCUAAGAGGAGCUAAGAAGGAAUUCAACAAAACCGAGGAUGAUUUGAAAUCCCUUCAAAGUGUUGGGCAGAUAAUCGGGGAAGUACUACGACCCCUAGACAAUGAACGAUUGAUUGUCAAGGCAAGCAGUGGCCCCCGUUACGUGGUGGGUUGCCGCAGCAAGGUAGAUAAAGAGAAGCUAACCUCGGGAACUCGAGUUGUUCUUGAUAUGACUACACUAACCAUCAUGCGAGCCCUUCCCCGAGAGGUCGACCCAGUUGUUUACAACAUGCUUCAUGAAGACCCCGGAAAUGUUAGCUACUCGGCUGUGGGUGGUUUGUCGGAUCAGAUCAGAGAGCUUAGGGAAUCUAUCGAGUUACCUCUUAUGAACCCGGAGCUUUUCCUGAGAGUAGGGAUCAAACCUCCAAAGGGUGUCCUCCUUUAUGGACCUCCAGGUACUGGGAAAACACUACUUGCUAGGGCUAUUGCCAGCAACAUUGAUGCCAACUUCUUAAAGGUCGUGUCAAGUGCGAUCAUAGACAAAUACAUCGGAGAAAGUGCCAGGCUGAUUCGAGAAAUGUUUAACUAUGCCCGUGAUCACCAGCCUUGCAUCAUUUUCAUGGAUGAAAUCGAUGCUAUUGGUGGGCGUCGUUUUAGCGAGGGAACUAGUGCUGAUCGUGAAAUCCAAAGAACGCUCAUGGAGUUGCUUAACCAGCUUGAUGGAUUUGACCAACUUGGAAAGGUGAAAAUGAUAAUGGCAACGAACAGACCCGAUGUUCUUGAUCCCGCGCUUCUCCGUCCAGGUAGGCUCGACAGAAAGAUCGAGAUCCCCUUACCGAACGAGCAGUCGAGGAUGGAGAUCCUUAAGAUCCACGCAUCGGGAAUCGCCAAACACGGUGAAAUAGAUUACGAGGCCGUCGUGAAACUGGCGGAGGGUUUCAAUGGCGCUGAUCUGCGUAACAUCUGUACCGAAGCUGGAAUGUCUGCAAUCCGAGCGGAACGUGACUAUGUCAUCCAUGAAGAUUUCAUGAAGGCAGUGAGAAAGCUGAGCGAGGCCAAGAAGCUGGAGUCGAGUUCUCACUACAACACGGAUUUCGGGAAAGAGUAAGACGGAAAAAAUGUCUCGGGCAAAGGUUAGUGCCCGGAAUUUCCUCAUCCUCGACCUGAAAACUCCGAACUCGAGCGAGCAGAAGCGUAUGCAGAAUCUAAAUCUACAAUUUUAGUGUGGUAACUUGAGACAAUCAUAGGCAUUUGCCAAAUGCUCUUCCUCCUUGGCACUCUAAGCUUAUUGUGCUCUCAUGAUUUGUACUUUGUUAUUACUUUUCUUACAAGUUAAAAGGUUUUUGUUUGGUCUUUUUUUUUUCUUCUAAUUAUUUGGUUUA